AAUAUUCAGUUGAUUCUCUCUGCCGACCUAGAGAAAUCCACCUACAGAACGGUUGCUUCACAAGGAACGAAGAAAGGGAUCAGGCGUCCUGAGGUCUAAGGCUGAGGCAGGAUGAGGUUUACCUAGUAACCGAUGAUGCUGCACUAAGGCAUUCAAUGAUUUGUCCUUGCGUCUUUCCCCGCCUACCUAGCCGAUCUGGCAACUCGGUUUGGGACAGCGGACCCCUGAGCCCGUGGGAACAGGAGCUGGGUAGGGCCGACUCAUUCAUCUGACGGAGACCAAGGGACCUGGGGAGUGCCGUAUUCUGCUGUGUGUCUGGUCAUCGUCACCCAGGCUGGGGCUUUCGGGGCAGGAGAGGACCCCUGGCCCCUGGAAGAGCUGGUCCGGGAGACUGGGCUCCCCACGUCUUCACAGAGCAUGAGCGCCCUUCUGCCGCUGCUGCUGGGCUUCAGCCUGGGCUGCACGGGAGCAGGUGGCUUUGUGGCUCAUGUGGAAAGUACUUGUUUGUUGGAUGAUGAUGGGACUCCAAGGGAUUUCACAUAUUGUAUCUCCUUCAACAAGGAUCUGCUAACCUGCUGGGAUCCACAGGAGGGCCAACUAACCCCUGUUGAAUUUGGGGUACUGAAUCCCUUGGCCAUAAGCAUCUCAGAGUACCUUAACCACAGUGAUACCCUGCUGCAGCGCCUGCACAAUGGACUCAAGAACUGUGGCACACACACUCAGCCUUUCUGGACAUCACUGACCCACAGAACACGACCACCAACUGUACAAGUAGCCGAAACCACUCCUUUUAACACAAGGGAGCCCGUGAUGCUGGCUUGCUAUGUGUGGGGCUUCUACCCAGCAGAUGUGACCAUCACAUGGAUGAAGAACGGGCAACUUGUCAUCCCUCAUAGCAGUAUGGAGAAGACUGCGCAGCCCAAUGGAGACUGGACAUACCAGACCCUCUCUCAUUUAGCCCUCACUCCCUCUUACGGGGAUACAUACACCUGUGUGGUGGAGCACAUUGGGGCACCUGAGCCCAUCCUACAGAACUGGAGCUACACUCCCCUCCCUGGGUCCAAUUAUCCGUAAGGACGACACAUUACCUAGAGGCAGACUUCUGUACAUGCAAACUCCUGAUGAUGACACCGUGUCCACCCCCAAAAUCGUCACACCUCCAAGUUUUCUUGGAUUCCUGCCCCCCAAGUUCUUUGAGUGUACCAGCCCCACCUCCAAUGUAAACCUUGCAGCUUGAGGAAACUAAUUCCUGGGAAUGUUUUGUAACCAACUUAUCAUCCAAAAUUGUAUUUCUUUGGUAAAUGUAAUCUGGAGAGGGAAGUUUAAGGCCCUCCUGGGUUCCCCUUGUGCCACAGAGAGUGAUGAGUCACUGGUGAUUGUCUCUGGGGAAUAAACUCUGGUGCAUAUUUUA